CUUUCGACACCCCAUUCCUGACCCUGAUCCUCACUUUCUCCGUUUAUGGCGUCGUCAUAAACGUUUGCAACGCUCUUUUCGCUCCCAGCCGCAUAACGUCCAACUCUCCUCCCGCAUUGAUGCUCUGCGUGCUGAAAUCCUGGCUUACGGCGCAUCCCUCGAGCACUCUCGUUGGAACGCGCUGUGUGACGGCCUCGACUCCACAUUGCACUCGCGAUCCACAUGGUCUCUCUUUAGAUCUCUAUUAGGUACUAAGCCUGCCCUUGCUCCCACCCUAGCUAAAGCGCUUACUCACGGGACUCCGUCUGAUGUCUUUGACAAUUUAACCUCUCUGUAUCUCCCGCCUCCCUUAACACCUUCCUACCCCGAUUACUGUGGCGAUACUAACCCAGACCUAGACCGCCCAUUCACCCUCAGGGAGCUUGAAGCUGCCCUGGCAACUCAUUCUAAUCGCUCGGCUCCCGGCGAGGAUGAGAUAACAUAUACUACACUCCGCAAUCUUCCUGACAACGCUAAAGAAUUCCUCUUAAAAACAUUCAACGAAGCAUGGGACAGCGGCUGUCUUCCGAGCUCUUGGACAUCCUCUCUCAUUUGCAUGAUUCCGAAGCCGGGCAAGCCUCCAUCCCUCUCUAACCUUCGCCCUAUCUCUUUGACGUCGUGCGUAGGCAAGACCUUUGAGCGAAUGGCCCUGACUCGCCUGUCUGAUUUUAUUGAGGCGCGAGAGUUCUUCCCCCAUUCUCUUAUCGGCUUCCGACGUCGCGUCUGUGCGCAGGACAUGUUCCUCGUCCUCCAGCACACAUUUCUCUCACCUUCUCGCAAUCAGAUUCAUGCUCUUGUAACCGUUGAUGUCCGUAAGGCAUUCGAUGGUGUUUGCCAUGACCACAUAUUGGCUCAGCUCUCCUCCCUUUCAUGUGGUUCCCGCAUGUAUUCUUACAUUCGGUCCUUCCUUUCAAAUCGAGUAGCUCGCCUUAGAGUCGAUACUCAUCUGUCCAACCCGCACUCCCUCACCCGCGGCACUCCUCAAGGUGCCGUACUAUCUCCUACCCUAUUCAAUAUGGCUAUGGCCCCUCUUGCCUCCCAACUAUCCGAAAUUCCUGACCUCCAUCAUAUUUUUUAUGCCGACGACAUCACUCUCUGGUGUACGUCUGGAUCUCCCGGACAAGUGCAGGAUACUUUGCAGCGUGGCCUAGAUCUUAUCGCUUCCUUUCUUUCCACUGCUGGCCUGUCUCCUGCUCCAGAGAAAUCUGAGCUGCUUUUGCUCAAUCGCUCCGCUUACCAGCGCUCCCACAAUGAUCUCAUCUCCCUGCAUCUUUCUGGCUCUCCCAUUCCUACCGUUCAACAAUGCAAAGCUCUUGGCUUCCCUUUGCAUGCGGCCAAGAACGCGCAGGCCCUCCAUCACGCUGUCAGGACCUGCCACUCGGUAACUCACCUCGUGCGGCGCGUUGUCACUCGACAGUCGGGUCUCCACGAGGCUCAUGCGUGCCGUGUUGCCCAUGCGCUCGCCCUCAACAAGUUCCUGUAUUUUAUACCUUACGUUCAAUUUUCAAACCAACUUAACACUCUCGAAAGAGCUCUGUUAGGCCUCUACAAGGCAGCUCUCAACCUCCCUAUCACUACCUCUACCACUGAGCUCUUUACCACUGGCCUCUUCCAUCCACUACGUGCUCUUCUUUCUCUCCACCACGAUUCUCAGAUUGCGCGUCUUUCUCUUACCCGUCAGGGUCAAUGGCUAUUGGCCCAAGCGGGUAUCCCUCACAUUCCAGUUCCCGUUGCCACCUUGCCUCCUCCCGCGGGCGCCCCUGCUCCCAACCUUCGUAUCCUUCCUCUCCCGUCCAACAUGUCCCCCGUUCUGCACGCCGGCCGUCGUCACGCGGCAGCGCAGCAUCAUUCCCCUCCUUUUUCUACACAGGGAGUCGCCUAUACAGAUGCCUCGUUCGUGGCUCCACGGGGUUCAUGCGGCUACGCUAUCUACCAUCCACACCUUUCGACACCUGAAACCCACACCAGCGGGCCAUACCUCCACCCACCCGAUGUACUUUCGCUCGAGGUCCUUUGCAUUGUCCAUGCCUUACAAUCAUUUUCUUCCCUCCCUUCACUUCCUGAGUACACGAUAUACUCCGACUCUUACGCCGCCAUCCGUAACAUACAGAACCGCACAUUACCCCCAUACCUCCAACAGGAGGUUGAGCGAGCUGUCUAUGCACUGCAACCUUCCCCUGUUUUCGUACGCUGGGUUCCUGGGCACUCGGGGAUUGACGGCAAUGAGCUGGCUCACCGGCUCGCCCGUGAUAUAUUGCAGCGGGCACCGUUCAUCCCCUGGCCCACACCUUCGGAAGACAGUGGGAGCUCCGUCAAGAACGAUGGGAAGAUCUCGCUGCGCCAUACUAUCAAGGAGGUAUACCUACAGCUCCGACUCGACAAGCGUCUUUACCCUCCUCCUCAUCCAUCGCUCACUCUACUAGAGGCUCGAAUUCUACGGCACAUCCAAAUGAAUUGCCUGAUCACCCCCUCUCGCCUUUUUCUUUAUAAAUAUAGAUCGGACCCAUGCUGUCCCAAUUGCCCAUCUACAUAUGCAGACCUGCCACACUGCCUUUUCUACUGUCCAACUGCUCAGCAAUCCAGCUCUUACCCUCCCCCUUCCCUUUCCAUCACCACCUGGCUCGACUGGAUCGGCGCCGAAGGGGAAGAAGAACAGCGUCGACUGAUCGCGCAGGCGGUCGAAAUGCUCGGCCUAUGAAUUUGGCUGAAUAAAAGUCUAUUACUACUACUACUACUAC